UUAAGUAACUCUUCAGAUGUUUGUCCCUGCGCGUCUCCGGUGCGUCAGUGCGCAACACGCAGCGGUUCUGUUGGAUGUGUAACAUCAGUGAAUGUUAAAACUCCGGAUGAAAGACAACACUCAUGUCUGAUAGUUGAAGAGGGACAUACAGAGGGACAAUCUCUUUUGCUCUGGGGGAAUGAUGUCUGUAUCUGGUCUGUUGGUGCUGAUGGUGUUUGGUUGGGUGGAGGGGUCAUUGCUGCAUCUCUCAGACGGUCGCUUCCCUCGACUGGCACUGGAGAAGAGUCUCGUCUGGAUGUCUAAAGACACACAGUGUCAUCACAUGCUGAAACAUCUACACAAUGGCGCUCGCAUCACAGCCCAGAUGCCACCCAACAUCGAGGGUCACUGGGUGUCCACGAGCUGUGAGGUGCGGCCCGGUCCGGAGUUCAUCACUCGCUCGUACCGAUUCCUUCACAACAACACCUUUCAGGCCCAUCAGUUCUAUUACGCUGACAAUCGUUGCACAACUCCAACAUACACGCUGGUGGUGCGCGGCCGUUUGCGACUGCACCAGGCGUCCUGGAUCGUGCGGGGGGGCACAGAAGCCGACUACCAGAUCCAUCGCACCCAUGUGAUCUGUCACUCCGCAGCCGUGGCCAAAGACCUCAGUCAGAGGCUGAAGCGCAGCUGCAGGGGGCCCGACAGGGAGUUUGGCCCCUGGGUGCCGAACGCAAGUUACGAGCUGUGGAGCGAGGAGGGCGGCUACGACUGCUCCAAAGGGCUGAAUUUUACCAUGCAUGAACUGCAGCUGCUGCGCAUGGAGAAGCAAUACCUGCAUCAUAAUCUGGAUCAUCUAGUGGAAGAACUGUUCUUAGGAGAUGUGCACACAGAACCGGCACAGAGGAUGUACUACAGACCCUCCAGUUACCAACCGGCACUGCAGAACGCCAAGAACCACGAUCUCAGCUGCAUCGCCUGCCGCCUCAUUGGCCACUCUGAUGAGUAUCAUCCACCCGUUCUCCCGCCGCGGCCGGACCUGACGGUGAGUCUGCACGGGCAGUGGGUGUCCCAGCGCUGUGAGGUGCGGCCGGAGGUUCUCUUCCUCACACGACACUUUAUGUUCCAUGACAACAACAACACGUGGGAGGGUCAUUAUUAUCAUUAUUCUGACCCGGUCUGCAAACACCCCACGUUCAGCAUCUACGCCAGAGGACGCUACAGCCGCGGACUUCAUUCCAGCCGCGUGAUGGGCGGCACAGAGUUUGUAUUUAAAGUGAACCACAUGCGUGUGAUGCCCAUGGAUCUCGACAUCACGUCGCUGCUAAACGUCUUUAACGGAAGCCAGUGCGGCGUUCGGGGCUCUUGGGAGGUGGGCGUGGAACAGGAUGUUACUCCGACCAAUGGCUGCGUAGCGCUGGGGAUACGCCUCCCGCACACGGAGUACGAGCUCUUCCGAAUGGAACGGGAUGUUCACGGCCGACACCUGCUCUUCAACGGACAGCGUCCCAGUGACGGAUCCAGUCCGGAUCGUCCGGAGAAGAGAGCCACCUCUUACCAGAUGCCGCUGGUCCAGUGUUCCGCCAGCAGCUGGAGGUCAAAGGUCAACUGGGGCCGUGACGCAGACAGGCCGCAACGGCAGAGCGACGGUUGCCGGGGAGGUUACCAUGACAACCUGGCGGUUGUGGUCUCGAGCGUGGCGUUUGUGGUUUUCUUUGGUUGAUGGGGUUCAUCGUACUGAGACAUGAAUGCAAGAGGCUAAGCAAACUUUUCUGUGCAUGCUAGCUUCGCGAAGGCAUGAGACUGAACAUGCUAAAGCACUCCUAAUGACCCACAAUGCACUCCUCCACUCGCGUUAUUAAAGCGUUUUCUCUGCCGAAGCCGGAAGACGGACGAAACGCGACAUGAAAAUCGCUGCACAACAGUAAACGCACUUUCCUUGAACCAAGAUGAACGUUUUCCCUUCUGUGAACCAGCAGCCGAAGAGACUGAAUUUCAGAAUAUACUUUAUGGCCGUUUAGAAAUGAGCAUAUUUUUAUUUUAAGCAGAAUUGUUACAAAUCUUCAUACAGAUCUUUUCCAUACAGCUACAAGUCUCCAAAAAGGACAUAAAACACCAUAAAAGAACCACUAAAGUACUCUGUAUGACUUGUGUGAUGUUAUUCAUACAGGGAUGAUUAUCAGUGAAUAAAGCUUUAAAUUUCAGUAUGUUCCUCACACAAAGCUCUCCUCAGGUGUGUUCCACAGAAGAGUAAAUCAUAUUUAUUUUUGGGUGAACGCCCCUUUAAAGGAGUGACCUACGCUGUGGACGUUUGUACCAAGUGUGCCGCACAAGCCCUCAAAAGUGAAGCCAAAACGUCUCGAUCGCCCCCCGGUGGCUGGUCCUAGUAUAGGUCAUAAGCCCCGCCUCCCCAUGUUAUUCAACAGGACGUGAGACCAACUAAACAAUUAAAUUACACUUCACAUAUCUUUUUUCCAAAGAUAGUUUCUGUCAUUUACUGUCGUUUCUAUCACGUUGAUGUCAUUUCAAGUGUUUGUUUUCAAAAUAAGUUUGUUUUUAGUUAUUUGAUGCUAUAAAAAUGCUGCUGUGACAUCAUGAUUGACAGCUGUGAUUGACAGGUUCUCUGAGUGAAGUAGUCACUGAAGCACCAACUGACUUUUUUUCGGGAUCUUCGGACGACUGAGGAGAUUGGAGCUUUAAAUUUAAUAUCUAAAUUUCUAUAAUUAAUUAUUUCACACCGUCAUAAGUCAAAAGUGCAGGGGCGUGUCCUUGCGAUUGAUUCAGCGAGAGUGAGGGCGGGGCCUUGAUUUCACGGCUUUACUUCCUGCUCACUACUGCGCAGGUCUGGUCCCGAAAUCGCAACUGCGCAGACUCAAAUCCCAAAAUAAACAAAAUCACAGAUAUGACACAAAACUCUCUUUGUUUAAUAGUUGAACAUCCAGGCUUCGUGAAACAUCUCUCCAACAAAUUAUAUUACAUUACUUUAAUGAAUGGCAUAUUCUUAGCUGUGCACAAAACCACGCCGUGGUCAAUAAACUAGAUGCAGACUCUCAUUAGCGACGAACGAAACCACGGAAAAACUAAAAAGUCUCUCAGGAAGUGUCUCAGCUGUUGCCCGCAUACGGAUACCACCGGACCUCCCAACAGUGUAGGGUAAAGUUAAAAGUGACUACAGAAACAUAAAGGAAAGGUGGAAGUGGUUGGACCAAAUGGACGCUAUCUAGACCGGCGAUCAAUGGGAGGGAGAGUGCGCUGGACUCGGCCACGGCGUUGUUGGAGGGUGGCACGUUUUGUUAUAUUAACUCUAUAUUCUGCUCUAUAUAAGCUUCACUUUAUUUAGUUGAGCAGCUACUGGAAGCUUCUAAAACAAGCAGGCCAAUUUAACUGUUACAAUCCCCAUGCAACAACUGCUUUAUGCAGCUCAAUGAGCUAGUCGCUAACAGCUAGCGCUCGUGUUAUUGUUCUGUGUCGCGUUUAAAAUGACGUCACGGCAGUAGAGGCGGCGCAACUAUGACGAUCAUAGCCUAUAAUCCCGCCCACGUUGAGGCGGCACUAAACUGCAGUGGAAAAACAAGCUCAGAAAAGUUCAUACUGGAUACUCAUGGGGUUUUGAGAAAUUUUUUAACCAUUUUUGACAAUGGGAGAGCUGUUUACUCUUUAAUAAUAUAUAUAUAAAAACAGUAAACAUAUAUAUAUAU